AUGACGACGACGUCAGCAGUUACCGGAGCCGGACAAGGUCGAAGUUACAACUCAGCGUCCCACGGUUGUUCAGUCGUUGAGGGAUUCCAACGUCUCUGGCAGGACUCGUCGAUGUGUGACACCCAGCUGAUAGUGCAGGGACAAACAUUUCAUGUACAUCGCUGCUAUCUUGCGGCCUGCAGUCAGUACUUCUACUCAAUGUUCACAAAAGAUUUUGCUGAGAAGAUGCAGGCACAAGUCGAGUUAAAGGCUGUUUCUGCUCUGGGUCUUAGAGCUCUUCUCGAAUAUUCUUACACUGGCUCCAUAGUCAUCAAUGAUGCAAAUCUUCAGGAUGUUUUAGAGGCCGCAGACCAUUUGCAAUUCAAUGAAGUUCUGACUUUCUGCGCACGACAUCUCCGAGAUGAAUUGACUGUUGACAACUGCUUGCAUUUCUUGAGGCUGGCUGAAACUUAUGGACUGCAGGAGUGCAAACGGGACACUAAGGCAUUCAUAUUGGACAAUUUUGUUCCUGUAUCAAAGAAUGAGGACUUCAAGCAAAUAACUGCAGAGCUCUUGUGUGAGUUAUUGGCUGAUGAUCGUCUGCGAGCUCCUUCUGAAAUGGACGUUUUCAAGGUGGUCUGUCUCUGGUUAGAGGGGCCUGGCAUGGCUUUGUCACUUUAUUUUCAGGUUCUUUCCCUAAUUAGGUAUGGCCUGAUGAGUGCUGAACAAGUUGAGUCGAUAUACAGCCACCCGGUGCUGAGAGGUGAUGCCUGCAGAGAUGUACUACAAGCUGGUCUGUCCUACCACAUGAAGCUGUUCAGUCAGCCUGUCACUUCUGCUCCUCACGUCUGCAAGAUGCGAGCUUACAAGGACUGUCUGGUUGUUAUGGGCGCCGGCUAUCUUGACAACACCCUCUGCACGAACAUGAUGGCCGCCCCAAUCAAAGGAGGCCAGUUAGGACCUUUCGUCAGUUUGGCUCCCACCAAAGAUCGUAGAUAUUUUGCGGCAGUUGCGGUCGUUAAUGAUUUUGUUUACGUUGUCGGUGGGCAGACUGCCAUGGCAGGCGACGGAAGCCAUGCCACUAAUAAUGCUUUCAGGUACAAUCCAAGGGAUGGCAAAUGGCUUCAAAUAUCCUCCAUGAGUGUGCCCAGAACUCACUUCUCCCUAAUUGCUCUGCCUAACUGCCUGGUGGCCGUCGGGGGCAAGCAUAAUCGUGUGGCCCUAAAUACGGCGGAAAAGUACGAUUUUGCCAACAAUGAGUGGACCCCUAUCCCGAGUUUGCAGCAUACGUUGUUCAGUCACGCUGGAUGUGCCCAUGGUUCUAAGGUGUACAUAUCUGGAGGUUGUCCUGGUGAAGAUUUCACUGAUGAUGUCUGGUGCUUUGAUUUGGAAAGACCUUCUUGGCAGCAGAGGAGUUCACUGAAUCAAAGUCGAGGUUACCAUGUAAUGGUCAGCCACGCCAGCAAGCUCUAUGUCUGUGCCGGUAACACUAAUGCUGGUGAUCGUCACGACGUAACCAUGACCGAGUGCUACGACAUCGAGGUUGAUGAUUGGACGAUUCUGUCGUCAUCAGCUCAAGGGCAGUCAGAAGCACCUGCUGUUAAAUGUGAUGGAAAGGUUUUUAUCUUGGGUGGUUAUAGCUGGGACGCCCAUAGCUUCCAAGAGAAUGCCCAGUCCUACAAUAUUGAAACAGAUUCAUGGGAGCUUCUGAAGAAUAAACUGCCCGAACCAAUGACCGGUUUGCCUUCUAUUAUAAAUUUAUUAUUUUUUAGUUAUUAUUAUUUAAUUAUUAUUAUUCUCUCAAUCCACUAA